UACAGCUCUGCAGACAGAGAGGAGCAGCAUGCAUAGUGAGAGCAUGUGGAGAGCAGGACUCUUGGUGGUGACGCUAUGUGCCACCCUAACACUGGGCCAGUUCCCGCGGGAGUGCAUUACCCCCGAGGGGUUGCGGAGCGGGCAGUGCUGCCCAUCCCCUACAGGGGUGGCAGGGGACGAGUGUGGCUCCAGCACAGGAAGGGGCCAGUGUGUGACCAUCGCGGCAGACAACCGGCGCCACGGACCCCAGUACCCUUAUGCUGGGCGGGAUGACAGAGAGAGGUGGCCGCUGAGAUUCUUCAACCGCACUUGCCAGUGUAAUGGGAAUUUCAGUGGCUACAACUGUGGGCGAUGCCGACAUGGGCUAACAGGACCAAACUGUGAUCAGAGGAUCUCUGUGGUAAGGAGGAAUAUCAUGCAGAUGAGCACGUCUGAGAAGCAGGCAUUUGUGAAUGCUUUGGACCGAGCCAAGAGGACUGUCCACCCAGACCUGGUCAUCUGUACAAGACGGUACCAGGAGGUGUUUGGGCCCGAUGGCAACACCCCACAGUUUGAGAACAUCACCAUUUACAACUAUUUUGUCUGGAGCCACUACUACUCAGUCAGUAAAACCUUCCUGGGGCCAGGCCAGACCAGCUUCGGAGGCAUAGACUUCUCCCACGAGGGCCCAGGUUUUGUCACCUGGCACCGUUUUCAUCUGCUGCAACUGGAGAGAGACAUGCAGGACAUGCUGGGUGACCCCACCUUCGCCCUACCCUACUGGAACUUUGCCAUCGGAGGCGGCGAGUGCGACAUCUGCACCGACGACCUGCUGGGAUCCAGGAGCACCUUUGAUAUGAACUCCAUCAGCUCUAACUCUGUGUUCUCCCAGUGGAGGGUCAUCUGUGAGAGUGUAGAUGACUACGACUCCUUGGGCACCAUCUGUAACAACACAGAAACAAGCCCCAUCAGGAGAAACCCAGGGGGCAACGUGGCGCGACCCAUGGUGCAGAGGCUGCCGGAGCCCCAGGAUGUGUUGGACUGUCUGGAGCUCAACACCUUCGACACUCCUCCUUACUACUCCACCUCCUCUGAGAGCUUCAGGAACACCAUUGAAGGCUACAGCGCCCCGCAGGGGAUGUACGACCCGGUGAUCCGGAGCCUCCACAACCUGGCCCACCUCUUCCUCAACGGAACGGGUGGACAGACCCACCUCUCGCCCAAUGAUCCCAUCUUUGUCUUGCUGCACACUUUCACCGAUGCAGUGUUUGACGAGUGGCUAAGCAGGCACCAGCCAGGUGAAAUAGUGUACCCUGAGGAGAACGCUCCAAUUGGGCACAACCGCAGGUUCAACAUGGUUCCUUUCUGGCCCCCUGUCACCAAUGCUGAGAUGUUUGUCUCUGCCCCAGAAAACUUGGGAUACUCCUAUGAAGUCCAGUGGCCAGCUCGUGCCUACACCCUGUCUGAGAUCAUCACCAUAGCUAUUGUUGCUGCGGUGCUGGUGGUGGCAGUGGUGGGUGGCGUCAUCGCCUGUGCUGUGCGUGCCCGUUCCUACCGCUCGGCUGAGGCCUUGGAGCCGCUGCUGGGAGAGACUUUCCGCCGCUACUCAGAGGACGACCGGAGGUUGGACAAAUCACAGUCUGUUGUCUAAAUCCAUGCCUUUCUGGAGAGGCCUUAACAUUUUCAUGCGUUUGUUUUGCUUUUUUA